CUCCGAUUAAUUGUUGGAUAUUAAUAUGACAAACGAAACGAAAACUUGAUGCGAAAAAAUAUUCUUGUACUGUUAACGUUGUAGUGCCGCCAUCCUGAGCAGGGGGCGCAGGACGCCAUCAACAUCAAAACGAAGAAGAAAACGACAGUCUUCGUCACAGUGACAACAUGGAAGCGGCGGACGAAAUGGUUCAGACGGACGAGCCGGAGAGCUAUUCGGGCGCGUUUAAAAUGAAGGAACGGCUACAGAAGCGCCACAAAGCGAGGUUGGAGGAUGUGGAGCGGCGGAAAGAAGCCAAAGAGACCCAAUCGGUCGCCAAGGAAAGCGUCGACUACUUCUUCAGCACCUUCCAGGGCGAGCGUGCUGCCGUGGAAGAGCUGCUGCGUGGAUGUUUGGGUGCGGACGAAAAGGCGGUGGCGCAGAGGCUGGAGGAAGCUACGAGCAAAACGGUACAGUUGCAAAAGUUCCUCAACGACAGCAUGGUAUUUCUGACCACCUACGAUCAGCGGAAAGCCCAGAUGGCCCUCCAGAAGCUGCAGACAUGCCUCAACGAGACGAGGGAGCAGGCCAUGCCCAAGAAGAAAUUCGGCUUCCGGGCUCGCACCAAGGCAUCAUCAGCCACAGCGGAAGAUUCUGUCGUCUCUGCACCUGCAGAUCACAGCGCUGCACAAGUGGAUGGAGAACCUGCUGGCGCAAAGUGCGGCUUCUCAAACAUGAGCGACAUGGUCCUUGUGAAGACGGCGGAGGAGAUCCAGAAAGAGGAUGUGCUUUUGUCCUACCUGUCCAAUUGCAAGGUGCGCCUUUAUGGCGCACCCGGCACACUGCACUUGAAGCACAUCGACCGCUGUGAGAUCCUGUGCGGGCCCGUGUCCACCUCUGUGUUUGUGGACCACUGUGAGAGCAGCACCCUGGCUGUGGCGUGCCAGCAACUGCGUACCCACAACACUAAAGAUACAUUCAUCUACCUGCACGUCACAAGCCGCGCCAUUGUGGAGGACUGUCACGGCAUCAGCUUUGCACCCUACUCGUGGUCUUACCCCGACCUGGACAAGGACUUCUGCACGGCCGGGCUGGACGCAAAGCAGAACAACUGGGAGCUGGUGGAUGACUUUAACUGGCUCGCUGUAGGGACGCCGUCGCCAAACUGGACCGCGAUGCCCGAAGCAGACCGCAAGACCACAUGGGACCCUUAGGGUCCCCUCUGUGCCUUGAAAUUGCAUUGAAUUGUAAUAUAUUAGAAUGCAUUGAAAGAAGUACACUCCUCGUCUGAUUAUUCAAUAAAUUAUACAUGUGUAAA